AGUCCUCCAGAAGUGAUAAUUGGUGCACUGUAGCUUUAAAAGGUUAAAACCCUUUUCAAAAAGGCCUAGACUCAUAGUGGGAAAAGACAAGAGAGGCUUUGGCUGCCUUUGGAGCCCGAAACCAGCUGCUGAUUAGAGUCUGCGUCUUCGGGCUGAAUUUAUUCCAUAUUUUCCAGCAGCAGGGAUUCGAGGAGGAAGCUUCCGUUUGGGUUUCUUGAUCGUGGUUUAUUUUUAUUCAGAGGAAUAACAGAGGAAGGAUUUGUUCCGGCUGGAGCAUGCUCACAACCUGCAAGACCUCCCAUUAUUAAACUGCCUACUUUGGGCUUUCAGAUACAUGUGUUUUGGGGUUUCUUUUUUAAAUUAUUAUUAUUAGCGUUAUUAUUAUUUGGCAGCAUCUCCGCUUUAUUUUUGAAUAAUUUAUUUCGAAAGGAAGCUGAUCUCGUAAUGAGCUUUCUCCUUCCUCACUUGAAACAGGUGCUAAUGAAAGAAUGCAAAUAGCACCGGCUGAGCCGAACAUUUCCUAAAGAAGGGAGCAGCCACCGACCCAAACCGCUCCGGGAUCUGCCUGCUGCCACCCAGCAAAGUUUCGGGCUGGAACAGAGGAGCACAAACAUUUUGAAUUCCUUUCUGUAACAUCCAGAAAACUCGCUGUAUUCUUGUGCUCAAAGGAAAUAACCACAACAGGCUUGUAGCAAGGGCGAGUCAAAUCGAUGCGGUGCGCUGAAGAAGUUGUGGCUUAAAGAAGCUGCAGUCAAAACGGGCUCCAUUUCCCAGGUCACCAUAUGAACACCUGAGUCUCCUCGAGGUAUCAGAGAUGAACCUGUAGCAGCUUGUCCACAGCCCGGCAGAAGAUCCCCCCGGAGCCCCCGGUCCCCACCGCCCGGCGGGCAGAGCCAUGGGAGAGCCGCGGCUGCCGAGCGGGGGGCGAGCGCAGACCAUUUCUACAAUUUAUCAAGAUCAUUUUGAAUCCUAAUCCUGGCCUCCGAAGUACUUUCAGCCUGUCCCAGCCUGGUAUCAGCAGCAACUGUAACUGAAUUAAAUCGCGAGCAAUCAAAAGGGAGACACCGUCAAAAUUACAGACUACCGAGUCCACUAAAUGUGGGAAAUACUUUUCCAAGACUUUUGAAGUCAAAAGUGGAACAGAAGGAAGACACAGGGGGACACACACCGUUCAGUGUUAUUUUCCUUGCCCAGGAAAAAAAAAAGAUCAUUGUGAGAUGAGCACUAAACUCUCAAGUUUUCAAAGGUUUGCAUAACAAACAAGAGACACAUUGUGGGUUGCAUCUUGACUUUGAAGGCUUGCCACUGUCAACUGAAAUAAAAUGGCAAGGUUUAAAGCCUUAACCAAGUUCACAAGGAAAAUAUUUGGACUAAAAGUUUUGGAAAGUUUUCUCUCUUUGAAGUAGUUUGUCAUGUGUUACCAAUGUGAACUUUAUUGACCUUGAAACAUUUUUUUUUUUGAAUCAAAUAGCAACUAGUGACACUUUAGUAAAAUCUUAAAUCAACAACCAUCUCCUGGCGGCUCCGGCUUCGUAGCAAAUGCAGGCAAAACAGGGAAUCUACAGAAGAGACCUUUAUUAUUCGUAAAUGAAGCCUGCCAAAACCUUCCCGAAAUAGCAUUCAGAGACCCUUUUAAGGUCAUGGAUCCUGAACAAAGCCAGAAGAGCACAAAAAAGGCUGAGGAAAGUCCAAGAAAGAGGCUUCCCAAAGGAGAGGCUUUCCAAGCCAGUAUUUCAUCCGCAGCUACGUACCAGGGCAGCUCUGCUCCUUCGCAAGGAACCCCUCUCCGAGAUAUCAUAUCGCAGCAGCACUUUUCUGGUUCUUUGCCGAUUCCAAGAGAGGAGUCUCAGGAGAAGACUGGACAUCAGAAGCAGCCUAAGCCUUCCUCUUUUGAACAUCCUCCCCACGUUUCGCAGCUUCAGCAGCACGCACUGUCACCAGCAUUUAUGUCUCCUGGGAAACCAGAGCAUGUCCUUGAAGGUCCCACAUGGCAGCUAGUUGAUCCAGUAAGACCAGGUCCCUCUGGCUCCUUUUCAUCACCCGGGCUUCACUCUCACCACGGCCAGCUCUUACCUUCCCAUUCACCGAUCAUUCCCGGAGAGGACAUGCCGUCUGUUCAAAAGGUCUAUAUCCCUCGCCCUUCACAGGUUUCCUUAAAACAAGCUGAAGAAGUGCACAAGAAGGAAAAGAAACCUCAGAAGCCAGGCAAAUAUAUUUGCCAGUACUGCAGCAGGCCUUGUGCGAAGCCAAGUGUGCUCCAAAAACAUAUCAGGUCACACACGGGUGAGAGGCCAUACCCUUGCAUUCCAUGUGGCUUUUCUUUUAAGACUAAGAGCAAUUUGUAUAAACAUAGGAAAUCUCAUGCUCAUCGAAUAAAAGCUGGGCUGGCCUCGGGGAUCGGAGCAGAGAUGUACCCAUCGAGCCUGGAAAUGGAGAGGAUUGGUGGGGAGGACUUUGAAGAGCCAACAGAAGGAGAAAGCACAGAUUCGGAGGAGGAAACGGGUGCGAUGUCGGGCCAUUCGGUAGAGCUCUCACCCAGGCAGAAGCACACGCUCUUAUCCAGUAGUUUGCUGAGUGGAGGGAGCCAAGGCUCCAGCCAUGACCGGUGUUCAUUGUCUCAUUCCAGUAUGUCUCAGUCUCUUGAAGACAGCACCCAGUUUGCGGAGCCAUCGUCAGACCAUCCUCUGAGCCAUAAAUCCGAAGAUACCCAUACAAUAAAGCAGAAGCUUGCACUCCGCUUGAGCGAGCGGAAGAAGGUCAUAGACGAGCAAGCUUUCCUGAGCCCCGGGAGCAAAGGGAGCACUGAGUCAGGCUACUUCUCCAGAUCAGAAAGUGCAGAGCAGCAGAUCAGCCCACCAAAUACUAAUGCAAAAUCUUAUGCAGAAAUCAUUUUUGGGAAAUGUGGUAGAAUUGGGCAAAGGACUUCAGCGUUAGGUGCAAACACAUCCCAGGGGUUUCCCCACCUGUCUAGUGAAGAGAAACCUAGUAUGGUACCAUUAUCUGUGCCUAGAACACAGGUUAUUGAACACAUCACUAAGCUAAUUACAAUUAAUGAAGCUGUUGUAGAUACCAGUGAAAUAGAUAGUGUUAAGCCUAGAAGAAGCUCUUUAUCUAGACGUAGCAGCAUUGAAUCUCCAAAGUCUGGUGUAUAUAGAGAGCCGUUUCAGUUUGACAUCAAGUCUGGUUCCAGUAGCCAGUUGGAUGCAGCGAAAGUUUUGACAUCCCACAGUGAAAAAGUUAAGCCCGAACAAUCAUUGUUGUCACUUCAGCAAUCCCACAGUGCCACAGAGACAGUGCCUCUCCUAAGAAGCCACUCAAUGCCUUCUGCUGCAUGCACUAUAAGCUCCCCACAUACCUUCAGAGGUAGCUAUUCAUUUGAUGAUCACAUCAUGGAGCCUGAAGUCUUAAGCCGCAGUCAAGCGUUUUCUUCCCAUCCCCGAAUGCUAAAACGACAACCAGCUAUUGAGCUACCUUUGGGGGUAGAAUACGUCUCAGAGGAGGUUGGCUCUGCAAACAAAGAAACUGUUUCCAAACCUCCUGAGGAGCCUGAAACCAAGGAAAGCGAUCUUACCAAAAAGUCUCGGAAGGGUCCGAAAGUUAAAGGGUUCAUGUACGAGUGUAACGUAUGUGGUGCUCGGUAUAAGAAAAGGGACAAUUAUGAAGCCCAUAAGAAAUACUACUGUUCAGAACUGCAGCUCUCAAAGCCUCGUUCUUCCACUUCCCAUACCUCUUCAGAGACUGAGAAAAGUGUUGCGGAUCCUGACACGUGGCCCCAGAUGAUGCAUUACAAACUAGGGAGCAGUUUGGAGCUCACCCCGCUCCGAAAGAGGCGAAAGGAAAAGAGCCUUGGUGAUGAUGAGGAGCCUCCAGCUUUUGAGCUGUCUGAGACUCCCUCCUCCAGUACUGCACCAGGCACUCAGUUUGCAAACCCAGCAUCAUCUGAUGUCACGUUAAACCUAACCCGUGAAUCCAUUAAGUCACCAGCAGAUCCGGGUAAACCCGCACCUUCCGAUGUCAGUGCCAGCUUCCAUUCCAGGAAUACCAAACUGGCUUCAAGUGCAGAGGGCAAAGAGAGAAGGACAACCUCAAAGGAGAUCUCUGUUAUCCAGCACACAAGCUCCUUUGAGAAGUCUGACUCUAUCGAACAAGUGAGCAGCUUGGAAGAAGACAAACCCUUGCCACAGUACUCAUCUCAGCCGACACCCCAGCACAGCCGACCGCCUCACUCCCUGCAGCCUAGGCUGGUACGCCAGCCCAACAUCCAGGUCCCAGAGAUUCUGGUCACAGAAGAGCCCGACAGACCAGAAACGGAGCCAGAGCCACCACCGAAAGAGCCAGAGAAAACAGAGGAAUUCCAGUGGCCGCAGAGGAGCCAGACCCUUUCACAGCUCCCAGCAGAGAAACUUCCACCAAAAAAGAAGAGGCUGCGGCUGGCAGAAAUGGCUCAGUCCUCCGGAGAGUCCAGUUUUGAAUCUGUCUCCCUCACCCGAAGCCCAAGUCAGGAAAGCAGCAUAUCCCAUGGCUCCAGCCACUCUGUCUCAUUUGAUCGUGAAGAUCAUGGCAAGUCAGAGUCAACGAGCCAGCCCUCUGAAUCCCACCCAAAGCCUCCUGGUGUUGGCUCACAUAUGUUGACGGUACCAAGCCACCAUCACCAUUCCAGGGAAAUGCGGAGAUCUGCUUCUGAGCAGACACCGAAUGUGUCCCAUCCUUCCCAGAUGUCCGAGACCCGCAGUAAAUCAUUUGACUACGGGAGCUUGUCGACCACUCCUGCCUCAACCCCUGGCCCCUCAUCCUCCUCAGCUCCACAGGAGCGAAGGAAAUGCUUUCUAGUUAGGCAAGCAUCCCUCACUAGGCACCCAGAGCAUGAGCCAGACUCAGCCCCGACAGGCCGGCCAGAGACAGAAGAUCCAAUUCCUUCUACAAGUAAAUCUCCUUCAACAAGUUUGCCCCAGCAGCCGACAUCUUCAUCCCCUUUGCCCUCUCACGGUACUUACCCAAGUGAAAAGAGCCAGCCAAAAGACAGCCCUCAGCCAGCAUACACCCAGCCGUACACAGAAGCUCUGCAAGUGUUUCAUCCCAUACCACAGCUAACGCUGCAUGAAAAGCAGUUCAUGUCCCCACAGGUUUCUAUCUUUCCCUACCAGCACCUCCUGCCGCAGGCGGGGCAGUCCGCAGAGCUCUUUGCAGCGCACACGAUGUCUGACAUCCUCUCUGCUCAGUUCACCAUGCCUCAGAUUCCUCCUUCCAUAUUUCAGACCCCACCACUGCCUCUCCCACAAACGCUCAUCCACCCAGGCCCGCUUCAUAUCGCUCCUCCGCUGAUGUCUCACCCAGCUGAGGUGCCAUUCAGGCAGCAUCCUUCAUUCCUGCCAGUUCAUUAUCCCGUCUCCUCACCAAUACCUUCAGCCUUUUUUCUGCCCCUUCAGUCUCAGUUUGCUCUCCAGUUGCCAGGUGAAGCUGGUGGACAUUUACCACAGAUCAAAUCCAGUUUGUUUGCAACAGCGGGAGCCUCCACUCUUUCCCCAUGCACGGAAUAUGACUCGGACAGUAGGUUGCAUCCUCUGACCUGCACAACAAGUCCUUCGGCGACUGUAUCUGCAUCUCAGCUCAUUGUUCCUACGCGGUCAGACCCAGUGGUGUCACUUGUUGUCCCUGUUCGCAUACAGACAAAUAUGCCAUCCUAUGGGAGUGCAAUGUACACAACGCUUUCCCAGAUUCUGGUCACUCAAUCCCAGUGCAGUUCCUCUUCUAUCGUACUCCCCAAAUUUGAUGAUCACCAACCCAAGGGUACCCUGGUCUGUAGCGCUGAUGUUCAUGGACUAGGUUUUGAUCUGGCACAGAUGAUCACAGAGGAUCAAAGAAGCAUUUUCCAGAGCCCAUAUCUGAGAGUGCCCUUACCCUUACCAGAACGGAAAGGGUAUAUGCCACUCACCUCCCCAUCAGACAAUGUCCUUGGACUGGAAGCAGGCACAUCAACAGUUGGUGGAAGCAAAAGAAUGCUCUCUCCAGCUGGUAGCUUGGAGCUGACCAUGGAAACACAACAGCAGAAGAGAGUGAAAGAGGAGGAAGUGUCUGAAGCAGAAGAGAAGUUGGAAGUGGUGAAGCCACCCAGUGCAAUAGAGGAAGGGAAAAAGCAGGAUAAGUCUCACUUGCUUGCAGAAAGCCAAGGGAGGGUCGAGGUUGAAACACCACCUGGCUUGUCCUCAGAGCAGUCAGAGCCAAAGGAAAUCCCCAGUACUUCACAGCAAGCUGUGUCCCAUUCAGGUUCUCCAAGUUUGGAGGCACUGGAAGAGUAUAAGCAGCCAGCUGGCAAGCAGUUCCUCAGCAAGGCACCCUUGCAACCCGUGAAGAAAGAAGACUCCAAAGAACUGGUGGAGCAGUCUCCACCAAACCCUCCAAGCACUGCACCUCUGUCUGAGGUCACUCAUAGUACAGUGAAGUCUCGAGAAGGUACAGAUACGAAGAAGGUACUUCAGUUCCCCAGUCUCCACACAACCACUAAUGUCAGUUGGUGCUAUUUAAACUACAUAAAGCCAAAUCAUAUCCAGCAAGCUGACCGAAGGUCUUCAGUAUAUGCCAGCUGGUGUAUUAGCUUGUAUAAUCCUAACCUUCCAGGUAUAUCCACUAAAGCAGCCCUGUCCCUCCUGAGGUCCAAGCAGAAGGUGAGCAAGGAAACCUACACCAUGGCUACUGCUCCACGUCCAGAGGCAGGCAGGCUUGUCCCGUCCAGCUCCAGGAAGCCAAAAAUGACCGAGGUUCAUUUGCCUUCGCUCCUUUCUAAUGAAGGUCGAAAAGAUAUAACUAGAGCUGAGAAGGAAGAGGAUAAAAGAGGAAAACCAGAAGAAGAGGCUCUUGUAACCAAAAGAGGAGAGCCAGUCCGGAUCAAGAUCUUUGAAGGAGGGUACAAAUCAAACGAAGAGUAUGUGUAUGUGCGAGGCCGUGGAAGAGGGAAGUAUGUAUGUGAGGAGUGUGGAAUUCGCUGCAAGAAACCCAGCAUGCUGAAGAAACACAUUCGCACGCACACAGACGUCAGGCCAUAUGUCUGCAAGUACUGUAACUUUGCUUUUAAAACCAAAGGGAAUCUGACUAAACACAUGAAGUCAAAGGCCCACAGCAAAAAAUGUCAGGAGAUGGGCGUGUUGGUAUCUUCACUGGUGGAUCUGGAAGCCGAAGAAGGAACCAGUGAAGACCUAUUCCAGGACUCUGAGGGGCGGGAGGGAUCUGAGCCAAUUGAAGAACACCAGUUUUCAGACCUAGAGGAAUCUGACGAGGAUGAUGACAAUGAAGACGAGGAAGAUGAGGAGGAAGAGGAGAGCCAAGAUGAGCCACCUUUAAAGUUGCCGGAAGGCAAACAUACCACCCUCCUGAUGCACUCUUCAGGUGGCUCUCCAUCUUCUCAAGAGGAAGGCACCGAAACAGCAUUGUCCUUAGCCCAAGAAACUGUUUCCAGCAGCCAAAAAGCAGGUGAAGGCCAGCAGGCCUCCUCCUCAGGGCUGGAAACAAAGUGGUCAGCAGACAGCAGUGACGUUGCUGUGUGCCACAGCUUCUUGAGUCUCCACAGACCAGCUUUGACCUCCACCGAACAAUUGGCUUCUGCUGAAAGGGAGUCUGUCACAAGGCCACAGAUGGCCUUAGUUAUGGACCUGGCAACCUCAAAAGACACCUCCCCAAGGAAGAGGUGGUCUCCGAGCCAGGACUCUGGCAGAGGUGGUGGCAGCAGCAGACCAAUGCUAGCCAGAAAGCACCUAUUAACCAAAAAUGAAACUUCACCGAACCGAUUCUCACCCACUGCAGAGCUGUCUUCUCUGAGGUGCCUGUCCCCAGGCAGAGGGUUGUCUCCUUGCCAGCGCGUGUCUCCCCGGAGGGAGGCAUCUCCACUGCGAUGUGUGUCACCAAGACUCGAGCUGUCGCCCAGCAGGCAUCUAUCCCCCAGAAGAGAGCUGUCCCCAAGAACAUACCUUCCACCAGAAGGAGAGGUCUCCCCUGCGAGGCACUCGUCGCCAAGCAGAGAGAUGUCAUCAGUCAGGUAUUUAUCGCUGAAGAAAGUCCUGUCUCCAGGCUGUUCCGAGCCGCCUCGGUAUCCAUCCCCCGGGAAAGAGGACUUGCCUGGUACUAGCAAAUCAGCGGCAGAUGACCAAGUUCAAAGCUCAUAUCAAGCCCAGCAUGGGAUAUUAUCUUCGAUGCCUCUACCUCACAGGUUCUUUGGCAAAAACAUACAGCUCUACGAGUCCAAGCUGAAGAUAGAAACAAGAAGCCCAACAUGCUCCCCUGGCAUCACGCAGCCUGUCUGCUCCAGACCCUUGCAGGCGCCUCAUGAAAUACACGUCCAUGCUCCCAGCCGAGGGGAGGAGAAUGUCUUCAGCCAUCUCCCGUUGCAUUCGCAGCAGCUCACAAGGACCCCAUAUCCUAUGAUUCCCAUUGGGGGCAUCCAGAUGGUCCAGGCGAGGCCAAGCACCCAUCCCAGCUUGGUGCCCAGUUCAGUCAUGUCCCUGCAAGUGGGAUACUUUGCCUCUGGUAGCAGCAGCUUUGCAGAGUUCAGCCAAGCUCCUAAAAGGGACGAGGAACCGCAGGUCCCGCAGGAGCCAUCAUCAGCAUCCGUCUCCCCGGUUGCAAAGGUUUCUAAAUACACGCUGUCCCCAGAGCUUACGAGCAGUGGUUACUUAGAAGAGAAAAUGAGGACUAGUGAGCUUCAGCAAAAGACAGACCAGGAGGAAUACAGGGUAAAAAUGUUCACUGAAUCUAGCCACGCGGAGCAGGCAGGCGGCUCGGCAUCCCCAGCCAGCCCCAGCGCAUCCCAUGAGCACUCUCCAAAGCCUUCGACGAGCGGGGAAGAACCCUUGACAAAACCGGGCAAGAAGCAAUCUGGCAGCUCGAGCACUUCUUUUGAAUCAUCCUGCACUUUCAUCUCAGACGUCCCCUCGCAGCCGUUGGACCGAAGCAGCAGCACCGGCUGCCUCUCAGAGCCCUCAUCGAGCCAUCCGCACGCCCAGCCCUUCUCCAGCCGGAGGAGAAACCUCUCUGGAGAGCCCAGUCACCAAGGGGGAACCUCCAGGAAGAGCAGUCCACACCCAGAGCAUGCAGAGUUAGGUCAAACUCAAAAGAAGGUGGAUGAAAACACGGGAAGUACUUAAGCCUCCACCAUCUGUUCCACCUUUAGGCUUCCAAUGUAAAAUCAACAGACAUUUUCAACACUAUUUCCUUUAGUAUAAUCAUCGCUGUAAGAAGCACUCUAGUGAAUGACCAAACCCAUGGAAGAUUCCUGGUUUUCUUUGUCCCAGUCUGGUAUUAUCUCCACAUGUAUGCAGUUACUUGUGCCUUUUUCUAUACCUUUUGUUGCUUGAAAUGUACAAAACUGUUUGAGGCUGUGAAUAUUUUUUUACAGUUUUUUGGAAAGGGGUUUGUUAGACCUUUGUCUUUUUUUUGCCAUUUCGGUGUGCGUAAUGAUGGGCCUGAGAGAUGCAGAAAGGAAAGGGUUAAGCAUUUUAAGAGGAAGAAGAUGCACUGAAAACAAACAAAAAAAAAAAACAGAAAAACUCUUUUAUAUUGAUUAAAUGAUUAAAAAAAAAAAGAAAAAAAAAACAAACACCAAACCAAACCCUUGCUCCUGUGUACAGAAGUUUAUGAUUCGUAUUUAUUACAUGCUUUAUUUAAUUCUCCCAAAGUGCUUGGUUUUUUUCUCGCAUCCCUCUGUUUGCCUAUGGUUGUGCUUUAAACAGUUGACACUGCUUUACAUUUGAGAAACGUGUUUACCCUGAGCUUGUAAAUGAAACUAGCACUUCCUUGAGUAGGGGAGGUUCCUUCGCAGGGAGAGAAAUUGUCACUCAAAAGAGAAAAUGAGUCUUGAGCAUCCCUCCUCCCUCCUGCAGAACCCAUCAAAGCACUUUCCUAAAAAGGGACAGAAAAAUAAGGUUCUUCUUCAAAGAUUUACCUGCAAGAACACAGGGAUGUAUCGAAUGUAGACCCAGUGCCAGGAAUGGUGUCUCUCGCUGGACGAGCCGGCCUCCUGCUUGCUUUAAUCCUCUCACCCCGCGUGCGCGGCCGCCCGGCAAAGUCCUGCCCGUGCCUGACCCCCUUCUUCUGUGGGGUUUGGAGCCCUCUGUAAACACCCUCCCUCUGUUUAAACAACGAGGUUAAUCUCAGCCUUGCAACCAUUUUUCCUCUGUCAUUUUUUUAGUCGCGGACAAGCUCCCUCUGUCCCCGCCUUGCUCCUGCUGGUUCGGCUUCAUUGAGCCCUAGGGAUGCAGGAGGAGUUUGUGCUCUGCUCGUUUGCACGCCUGAGGCUCCGUAACUCACGAGUAACUAUAUGGCUUGUUUUUGCUUUAUUUAUUUAUUUAAGCAGAACGUCGCCAGCGCAGUCCUUCUGGUGCAGAUGGGCCCUUUUAUUUUUGGUGUUUCGGAAGCAACCAGUGACGAUGCUGAGCGGUCGAUGUUUGCAAUCAGCUUCUUGUGCAUGCACAGGAACUUCUGGCAGAGCAAAGUUUUAACCAUGACCAUCCGUAGCAGAGCAAUGGCCUCUACUGCCAAUAGAUACGAUACCAAAUACAGAGAGACCAGAUGGAGCCAUUCCUCUCUGUCAUGUUAAUACACUUUUUAAGCUACAACUGUUCCGUAUAUGUUUGCCCUAGCAGACGGCAGGUUCUUUACUACUUCAGAGGGUUUUCUGGUCUAUGGAAUCUGUACAAACCUCUUUUUUUGGGUUUUAUUUUAACAGAAAAAGCUAUUGCUAUUUAAGCGGUGGAGCAGUUCUUUCUUUCAGAGCUGCUCUGGUUUAUCGGGUACGUGAUACAGUUUUUAACUAAAAAUAAAAAUAAUUAAAAAGAAAAAAGAAAAGAAAUCAAAGAACCCCCUGACUAAGAACAUCUCCCUUUGCCAGACUUGGUGAGCGAUGAACUGUUCCCGUUCCACGGGCAAAUAAUAGACUUUUUUUUAAUGAUCUUCUGUGAUUUUUUGGGGGGUUUCCUUCUGUUCUUUUCAAGGGAAUUAAGUACAAAAGAAGAUAUCAUGGAAAUAACAUUAAGGCUGUGACACUGACCAAAACAAUGUCCAGAACCCAUUUAUACCUUAAUUAGCACUUUUAUCAAGUUGCCCUUUUCCCAUCUCUCCCUCUUUGGCCCCAAGCCUGGAAGCUGGUCUUGCUUUCAAGCCCGGACAGAUCCCAGGGCAGGAGCAGGGUCUGAGAGUUCAAUUCGGUGAAGCAGCUCUGUUCAAUGAAACUCUUAAGCAUCAGCUUAAAUCCUACUCAGGUUUUAAGCAUGUGCUUAAUAUCAAGAUGUUUCGGAGUGGACUGCUCAGUGUGAGCAUCCCUGGGAACCAUCCACCACUUGUUACUUCCCUGGCUUUUGCCACUUUGCCCCCUCCCUUAUCCUUGUCACACUCUUAACAUUAUUCCAAGGUAGCUUUUUGUAUUUAAUUUUAUAUCUAUAUAUUUAUAUAUAUUGAAAUUGUACAUAAAGAAAAAUAAUGCAGCAGUUGUGCACUCAGAGUCCUGGUUUUGUUUAGGUGCGUUUGACAUGAGCUUUGGGCUAGAUCAAAUUUGCUCGGCUUCUUUCUGUAAUUUUGUUUGAAUCCUUGAUCUGUUGAUACUUUAGAUGGUGGGGUGGGUUUUUUUUUUUUUCUCUGUCAUUUCUGGACAGAGCUGGGAAAAAAAAGCCCAACAAACCCCUGAAGUCAUUCCAUUGGUUCCUUGCUUUUGUGGUUUAUUGUUAGUAUUACCUAAAGCUUUUCCAGCAGAUCAAGAUGAGUUGAAGCUUUCUGCAUCGCAGCUGCAGAGCAUCCAGACUGGCAGCCACUGGUGUGUGUGACCAUCCGGAUGCCUUUGCCCACAGAUCCCAUACGAACCCCCUGGUAGUCAUGGACUGGGCACAGACAGGGAGAGCUGAAAACUCAGGAGAUGGGCAAACCUCCCAUCUGGGUCUCAACCCAGUCUGGUUUCUCAGCAGAGUGGCUGCAGGCACAGCGGGGGAGGCUCUGGCUGGGGUGAAAUGGUGCUUCAUGCUGUACCUAACAGGCGCAAUAUGGCCUAUUGGAUAGGCAAAAAAGGAUCACAAAUAUAUAUACAUAUAUUUAAGGGCUAAUUCUCACACUGACAGCUCAGAGCUCCAUGGGAAGAGUGUUCUCUGCACUGGCACCAGCAUCUUGUCUGUGGGCAGAGAGGGUGUCCCUGAGGGCAGCCCCAGCCCUGCUGUGAAACCAUAGUGUGACCUUGUGCAACUCGUGUCUCCCCUCUGCCUCAUCUUCAGCCAAGGAGCACAGUGAUGCAGCUCCACUGAUUGUGUGUUAAAACAGAGGUGAAGACCCAGCCAUCACUGGUGGCUGCCGUUCCAACCUGGAGCACCCAUUGGCUUCCCCAUGCCGCCCUUGGUGAAAGCUCUUUGCAGGUCACAGCUUUUAAUAUCACUCUGGGUGAAUGUUCUGUCUGCAAAGUAAGGAUGAUAAAUCCUGCUUUACUUUCUGCAGGGGCUGCAGGGGUGGUGAAGUUUGUAUCAGUACAGACAGUUUGGAGAGCAAUUAGCAGUAUUAUUUACAAGAGAAUGUAUUCAUAAUGCAAAUAAGGAAAUUAAAAAAACAUCCCAGCCCUUCCUUUUCAUCAGCACGUGGAAAUAAAACCCCCUGCUUUCCUUAUGGAAGAGGUUCUUAAAUGCAUAGUCCAUGAGGGCACGUGGCUUCCAGAGACUGGCUGCUCCUCUUUGUUAUGUAGUUGGUUCAUCAGCCAAAACCCCACUCUGAUCUUUCCUUCCCUGGUAAGCUGUUUGUGUAGCUCUCAUGAAUGCAGGUACUCAAUGGCAAACGGGUGCUCUGGCAUCCAAGAAAUCAUUCUGCACUGAGUACUUGGCCCAUGUUCUUAACUCCUUGAACAGUCCUGUUAAGUACCAAGCCUUAUAGCCAGAGCUAAUAAAGCACUUGCACAUUGGCUUCAGCUUAAGCACUUCUGGAGUUUCAGUAACUUCUUUGUGCUUAAGCAUGAAUUCAGCUUCUUUUAUCAAGGCUACAGAGCUUGGUAUCUUGCAGACCAUGGGAGGAGGAGAGGGAGGCAGUUGGCUCCCCAGAACGACCCCAUGCCUUGAAGCAGAUCUCUGUCAGCUCCAAUUAUUCACAGGCUGUUGGCUGGAUACCCAGGAACUGCAGCAGGAAACCCUUAAAAGUAACGAUGAAGUAGCUGUGACUUUACAGCUUAUGACUGAGAAAUGUGUUUCACCACCUGCUCCUAAGAGGUAACAUUUGCAGUACUGGUGUCUAUAAAGCUCCAUGCCUUGGCUAGUGCUUGGGCUCACUGGUCAAAGCCAACCUCUGCAGAGCCCUUGGGGUUGGAUGCAGCAGGAGAUGCCGGCUGGCAGAGCUGGGGAAUGCCUACCUGCAGUCAGUAAAGCACCCAACCACCCUUCAGUCACUGCCCAUCAGCUCCACCGGGGCAGUAUCAGCCCCAGCCGGCCACAUCCCAUUGUUUUCCUAUCACCUCCACCGGCAAACCUGCAAACCAAUUGGUUUUCCCUUAAGCCAGCUUUCAGUGUUACCCAGAGUUGGGUUUCAGUUCACAGAAUCAGCACCUGAAUGAGCAAUAUACUUGGGCAUGCAUUCAGGCGAUUCCAAUUUUCAUGCAAAAUCCUGGACAAUUUGAUCUAGCCCUUUCCUGCUGUUCUUGCAAUAGCUUUUCGUUUCCUGAUUUGGUUUUAUCAUAUGCUUUUUUCUUUUUUCUUU